GAUGAGGAUUAGCAUCGUGGGCAAUAAUUGAUUGGUGUCCACAGGCCACACAUGUUGGUGGACCUAACAAAUCACCUUCUCGUCAACCGGGUCGGCUCGGGCCGGGCCCACGCCAGCUCCCCCUCCCAAUCUCGAUUCUCCUCAUCACAUAUCACUGCCGAUGAACCUUCCAGUAGCCUGAGCGCCGGGGCCAUCGGUAGCAGAGAGGUUUUGCUGCAGAGAGCUCAAGAAAGAUGUACGUGGUGAAGGAUAUUGGCGGCGCCAUCGGGCUGAUGGCGGUGGCGCUGGUGCUCCUGGGCACCUGGCCGGUUGUCCUGGCGGUGCUGGAGCGGCGGGGCCGGCUGCCGCAGCACACGUUCCUUGACUUCUCCGCCACCAACUUCAUGGCGGCCGUGCUGAUCGCCCUCACCUUCGGCCAGAUCGGCCCCGCCAGCAGCACGCCCAACUUCCUGACGCAGCUCACUCAGUUCAAGAACAACUGGGCUUCGGUCUUGUUUGCCAUGGCGGGCGGCGUCACCCUGAGCCUGGGCACAUUGGCCACGCAGUACGGCUGGGCGUUCGUCGGGCUCUCCGUCACUGAAGUCAUGGCCUCUAGCCUCAAGGUCGUCAUAGGGACAACGGUCAACUAUUUCCUGGACGGCCGGAUGAACAAGGCGGAGAUCCUCUUUCCUGGCGUCGGCUGCUUCCUGAUUGCGGCCAUCCUUGGGUCACUUGUCCACGCUUCCAAUGCCGCCGACAACCAGGAGAAGCUGGCUAAUAAUAACGCUUCCAAUGCAGCUGCAGCUGCAGAUGAGGAGAAGGAUCUCACCAAACACCUCCUAGAGCUAGAGAUACCAUCCCAAGAAGCAGAGCCGGAUGCAGGAACGGCAGGGUUCCUGGUUGGUCUGGAGGAGAAGAGGUCGAUUAAAGUGCUGGGAUCCCACACGCUGCUGGGCCUUGGCAUCGUGGUGUUCGCGGGCAUCUUCUACGCGCUCUUCGCGCCAGCGUUCAACCUGGCCACUAACGACCAGUGGCACACGCUCCCCGCCGGCGUGCCGCACCUGGCGGUGUACACGGCCUACUUCUACUUCUCCCUCGCAUGCCUCGCCGUCAGCGCCGCCCUCAACGUGUGGCUCCUCUACCGGCCCAUGGUCGGCGUGCCAAGCUCCACCCUGGCGGCCUACGUCCUCGACGGCGACGGCAGGGGCCUCGCGAUGCUGGCCGGGAUGCUGUGCGGGCUCGGGAACGCUCUCACGUUCAUGGCAGGGCAGGCCGCCGGUUACGCCGCCGCCGACUCCGUGCAGGCGCUGCCGCUGGUCAGCACGUUCUGGGCCGUCGCCCUCUUCGGCGAGUACCGCCGGUCGUCGCGGCGCACGUACACGCUGCUGGCGAGCAUGCUACUCAUGUUCACAGUCGCCAUGGUCCUCCUCAUGGCUUCCUCAGGAAGCCGCUCCAUCAUUCACUGAGCUGGCCACGUGGAUGGAUAUGCGAUGCGAUGCGAUGAGGAGAAUGGACACCGGGAUAGCUCUUGUCUUGUGCUGGAAUGGAAUGGAACCAACCCACUAGCUGUACAGAGCGAUCAUGCUACGUCCACCCACUCGUCCAUGAAUUGAUUUGUCUCUGUAUUUUUUUUUAAAAAAGCGUGCGCUGUCACCCGCGGGCCGCGGUAGCAUGCAGCCCGUCUCCAGCGGUCUACAUAAAGUUUACUUAAAAAACUGUUUUAUACUUGUAUGCACUAUAAACUACACUGUUAGUGGAGUUUGAA